AUGUUGUUGGCCGCAACUGCGAUCUUUCUCUACUACACGGCAUGGACUAUACUCAUGCCAUUUGUCGACAAGGGCCAUCCGCUCCAUGACUUCUUUCCUCCGCGCGUCUGGGCAAUCCGCAUCCCCGUCAUCCUCACACUCCUGGGCUCGGCAGUUGUUGGCUCGUUCCUCGGCAUCGUGAUGAUUCGCAGCAGCAGGAAGAAGGCCGCAAAGGCCAAGGCAGCCGCCGCCAAAAAGAAGACAUAG